AUGGACGGCUGGGGCUACCAAUCGGGCCAGCCGGCCCAGCAGGACUUGUUCGGCCAGCAGUUUGCCCAGCUGGGCCAGCAGCCCAGCUACUACCAGCACACCUCCGCUGCGCCAGUGAGCGGCGGCGAGGUCAUCGCGCCAGAGGACUUCCUCAGCAGCGAGCCCGCUGAGCUGGAGGGCGAGCCCGUGGCGGCAGCGGAGCCAGAGAAGGCGCAGGAGGAGGCGCCGCCAGCGCCGGUCCAGGCGGAGCCAGCACUGGCAGCGGAAGCCGCUCCCGACGCGCCCACAGCGGAGGAGCCACGGGCUGCCGAGCCGCCAGCCGAGUCUGCGCCUCAGCCUGAGGCCGAGGGGGUGGGCAUGCUGGCGUCGGAUGAUCUGGAGGCGGUGCCGCCCACACAGGGGGGCGACCUAGAGGCGGUGCCGCCCACGCAGGAUGAGGAGGUGGAGGCGGUGCCGCCCACGCAGGAGGAUGAGGAGGCGGCAGGAGCGCCCGCCCAGGAGGAGGCCCCCUCCGCUGCGGCCGAGCAGCCCGCUGCCGCCGCUGAGCCCGAGGCGCCUGCCGGAGAGGCGGCGGCGGAGCCCCCGGCAGCAGAGGCAGAGGAGGAGGAGGCGGCGGCGGCGGCGGUGCAUCACCCGGGCAUGGCCGCCAUUCCAGCGGAGGAGGAAGUGGAGGGGCUGGCGGGAGAGCGUGUGGAGGAGGAGGAGAAGCCUGCUGCCGAGGAGCCGCAGGCAGCGGCACCUGCCGAGGAGCCUGCCGCCCAGCCAGAGCCAGAGCCAGAGCAGCAGAAGAUGGAUGUGGAGGCGGCAGAGGAGGAAGGCAAGUGGAGCAGGGAUGGUUUGGAGGUGGAGGCGCCGGCUGCGGGCGAGGAGCAGGCCGCCGCCGAGGAAGAGCCCUUCGCACCAGCGCCAGAGGCAGAGGCGGCAGCUGCGGCGCCCCCGGCUCCCGAGGCCGCCGCUGAGGUGGAGGCCACCGCUAAGGUGGAGGCCGCCCCUAAGGUGGAGGCCGUCGCUAAGGUGGAGGCCGUCGCUAAGGUGGAGGCGGAGCUGCAAGAGGCGAUGCAGGAGAUGGAGCAGGAGUUGCUGGAGACGGCAAAAGAGGUGGCGGAGCUGGAGGCAGAGGCUGCAGAGGCUGAGGACAAGGGGGCAGCUGAAGUGGCAGAGGAGGAGGAGGUGGAGGAGGAGGAGGAGCCCAAGAAGCGCACCCGCUGCGCCGCCCCCGCCAAGGCAGCCCCCGCUGCCAAGACGCCAGCCAAGGCGCGUAGCAAGGCAGCCCCCGCUGCCAAGGCGCCAGCCAGGACGCGCGGCAAGGCAGCAGCGGCAGCCAAGCCGGCGGCGGGCAAGGGGCGGGCCAAGGCCGCACCUGUGGCGGACGACAGCGCUCAGAAGAAGUCGCGGGCGGGCACCCAGCCUCGCGGCAAGGCGGCGGCCGCUGAGAGGAAGCCCGCCGCCGGCAAGCGCAAGGCGGCUGAGGAGCCGGCAGAGAAGCCGGCAGCCAAGCGUGGCGCGGCGGCGGCCGAGGGCAAGGCCAAGGUAGCAGCGAAGCCUGCAGCCAAGAAGGUGAUGGCGGUGGCUGGGUCUGGGAGGGCCCCAGUCGGCAGGACGGCGCUGACGAUGCGGCCAGCUCGUGCUUCAGCCUGCAUGCGGGGAGGAGGAGGGGCGAGGGGCGAGGGGUGA